GAAAAAAGUCAUAUGAUAAGGAAGGUGGUUCCUUUUUUUUUUUUAAAGAGCUCCUUUUCUUUAAAAAAAACCCCACUCACGUGACCUGAUCAGGCGGUUCAAACAGAGGGGAGAAAGGCUGGUGGAUCUUUCUUAUUCCCAGCUAUGGGAUCCCAGCAGCAACCUUAUGCUGAUACAGCUCCAAUUUUGACCCAGGCAGAUGAUACUGAAGGUGAAGGAAAAGAUGAUCCUCAGCCAGGGCACAUAGGGGAAGAAGAAGUACGGGCCCUGACAGGAAUAUCCUCUCAACAUGCUGGCCUUAUUGUGGGUGUACUCUUUUUUAUUAAUCUACUGAACUACAUGGAUCGCUUCACUGUGGCUGGUGUUCUUCCUGACAUUGAGAAGUUUUUUGAUAUCGAUGAUAGCAAAUCAGGACUGCUACAGACAGUUUUUAUUAGCAGCUACAUGGUACUGGCACCUAUUUUUGGUUACCUGGGUGAUCGUUACAAUCGCAAAUACCUGAUGUGUAUAGGAAUCUUCUUCUGGUCUAUUGUGACACUAGGGAGCAGUUUCAUCCCCAAGCAGUUCUUCUGGAUGUUGCUACUUACACGAGGCCUAGUGGGUGUGGGAGAGGCUAGCUAUUCAACUAUUGCCCCCACCAUUAUUGCUGACCUGUACUUAGGUGACCGGAGAUCCCGCAUGCUUAGCAUCUUCUACUUUGCUAUACCUGUAGGCAGUGGACUGGGUUAUAUUGUGGGGUCAAAGGUGAAAGAUGUGGCUGAUGACUGGCAUUGGGCCUUGCGGGUGACUCCAGGUUUGGGAGCAUUAGCUUUGCUAUUAUUGAUAACUGUGGUGCGUGAACCACCCCGAGGAGCUGUAGAGACACGCACCGAUGCCCCUCUUCAUUACACUUCAUGGACAGCUGAUUUGAGAGCCCUGAGCCACAACCGUAGCUUCGUGUUAUCAUCACUAGGAUUCACAGCCGUGGCAUUUGUAACAGGCUCCCUAGCAUUGUGGGCACCUGCAUUCCUGUACCGCUCACGGUUGGCCACUGGAAAUCUCCCACCUUGCCCUAGUGGUAAGGUUUGUCAUGGAGACUCUGACAGCCUCAUCUUUGGUAUUAUCACUUGUGUGACUGGUGUCCUGGGUGUUACUGCUGGAGUGGAGAUUUCAAGACGCUGGCAUCGCAUCAAUCCCCGUGCUGAUCCCCUGGUGUGCGCCAUUGGACUGCUUGGCUCUGCCCCCUUCCUGUUUCUGGCUGUUGUCUUUGCUCAGCAGAGCAUUGUUGCCACUUACGUAUUUAUUUUUAUUGGUGAAAUCCUCCUUUCCCUCAACUGGGCCAUAGUGGCAGACAUGCUUCUGUAUGUUGUCAUCCCAACUCGCCGUUCCACGGCUGAAGCUUUUCAGAUUCUGUUGUCCCAUCUUCUGGGUGAUGCAGGGAGUCCUUAUCUUAUUGGUUUGAUUAGUGACCGAAUCCAGAGUGAUCGCCCCGUUUCAUUGCUAUCACAGUUCCGAAGCCUGGAAUAUGCACUUAUGGUCUGCAGCUUUGUGGGUGUUAUCGGUGGUGGUUUCUUCCUAGCUACAGCUUGUUUCAUUCAGGCAGAUCGUAAACGGACAGAGCUGUAUGCACAAGGUCAGCUGCACGAGUCUUUGGAAGGGGAGGACCGCAUUGUUGUUCCUCAGCAUGGACGAUCAACAAAAGUUCCUGUCUCCAGUGUCCUUAUCUGAAGUCUCAUCUUCAUCUUGCUUCAGUUUUGGAAACUUGAACAGAUUUGUAUUUGGCAGUUGAGGAAACAGAGAGAGAGAGAGAGAGAAAGUGUGUGUGUGUGUGUGUGUGUGUGAGAGAGAGAGAGAGAGAGAGAGACUCUAAGGCACCAAGGCAAGGAUUAUGGACAACAGGAAGUGAAAUCACAAUUUUUUGCUAUGUAUAUAAGGACUUUUUUUAUAAAUCACAAACACUAUUCAGAGUCAUGUGGCAUUUCUCAGAUGAAUGAGAAUGAAAUAGCAAAAACACAUCUACUACUUAAUCUUCAACUUUUGGAUGAUUUUUUUUUUUUUUCUUCCCCCCCCCCCCCCCCCACAUUGUGAAAUUCAAAGCAACUUGUAAAAGUUUUAGAAAGAACUAACUGAAAAGAUCAGUCUUCAAUAGUCUUGGGUUUUAAGAAAAACAGAAUCUUCCAGGCCACAUCUAUGCUUCCAUACAAAGGCUUUUAUUUGUAGUGUCGCUGCCUUCCUAUAUUUUUGCAGAAUGUUUGGAUGGUGUCUCUGUUUUUACAAUCCUCUAAAUAUACUGAUAGGAACUGACCAUCUAGAGGCCCCUUGCUUUUCUUUUCAGGAGAAAACCAGUAUUCAUGACAAAAUCAGUGUUAGGAGGGACCCUUAAAAAAGGUCACACUAUAACGUGUCAGUUAUACUUUACUUGAGAAGCUAAAACGCUUUGCAUCUCUAUUAAGAUGUCAUCGUCAACUUCUGAAGUAUGAAAAAUUGCAUGAAAAAAUGUUACAUAAAUGGUUGUAGCCUCAGAUUCCUAUUUAAUAUUUUUGUUCCUAACAUAUUGUUGCUGUGGAACAAUGGAAUGAAGAUGGGCAAAAUUUGGAUGAUUGAUACUUUGUUUUGUACAACCAGGUCCUGUUUUUUUUUGCUAUCAUCCAUGGAGGAACUUACCUGCGAUGACUACUUUCAGCUCCCUUUCCUAUUUUUCAAUGCUUACUGUUGUAUAUUACUCACGGUUCUACUGGCAUCUGGCGUCUGCUCCUGGCGUUAAGUGCAGGGGUUUGUUUGUUUCAUUUGUCACUUUGAAGUGCUUGUAACGUAGUUGCUAGCUGCAUUUUCUCUUUACCUUGAGGAGGAGAAGCUUAAAUAAAAAGGCUUCCUGGAAAGACAUCUGUGAAAGAAAGUGGUUGCACUUUAAUUAAGUGGGCUUUUAUUAAUUUGUAAUAUAAAUAGAUUAGAACCAUUACAGUCAAUUAUGGGUUCAUUUCAGUGUGCUUCAAUGUAAAAUCAGAUGUAGAAAAAUGAGUUGUAAUUGAAAUUAAUGUUUUUCCUGACCUGAUAUCUUACAAAUAUUUUGAAUUAAGCUGAACCCCCAGCUGUACUGAUUGAUUAUUAUGGUAGAGCAAUAACAUUAAUACCACUAGUGUGGCAGGUCUCUCUUAAACUGAUGUUACAGUCUGCAGCUUGUGUAUUUUCGCCUACAAAUUUCAUUCCUUUUUUGUUCUGUUGCCUUUGUGGAAUACAACUAUUUCUUCAUUCAUCUGAAAAAAGUAGGCUUUGGCUUGAGCCACAAUAAAUUAAUUCAUUUUUGAAAUUUUUUGAGGAGCUGUUAUUAAUUUACAUUAGUGGUUUCUUUUUCUCAGAUAUUAGAGGUGGGAAUAAUUUGUUAUCAAGGCAAAACCAUAUAGAAUUUCAUCUGAUAGCAAAUGUAAAAAUUAUAUGAUUAUGUGCUUUCACUGGUUUUGUUCAUAAAACAUCUUCGGAGUAGUAAAAGCAUGAUUGGAAUACAGUAUGUGGAGGCAAUAUUUACUGAAAUCAUAGCAGGAUGUUAGCUCUCCCUUGGGCAGCCCAGAUAUAAAAUCAAGACAGAUUAGCAACAUAAUUUAAGCAUUCAAUAGCAAUAGCACUUAGACUUAUGUACUAUUUCAUGGUGCUUUACAGCCCUCUCUGAGUGGUUUACAGAAUCAGCAUAUUGUCCCCAAUAAUCUGGGUCUUUAUUUUACCAACCUUGGAAGAAUGGAAGGCUGAGUCAACGUUGAGCUGGCCAGGUUUGAACUGCAUUCCAACCACUGUGCUACCAGGCCUCAGGUCCAAAAUACUAUUUUCUUUAAUGCAGAUUUUAAUAUAAUGUUUGACUUGUUAAUUAUUUUGAACUUUUUUUCAGUUUGAAUGCUUUCUUGAUCUUCCUUUGAUAUCUUGAACUUGAAAGUCAAUGUUAGUUUUACAGGUGCUUGGUGAAUUUUUUACGUGAACUAUGAUCAUUGUGGCUUGCUGUUUUGAAUUUCAGGUGGGGUGGGAGAGAAGGGAAAAGCACAGAAUGACAUGUGUAGAUAGCUAUUACAAGAUUGGUGCAGAAAUAGGAGGAUACGAUUAGUAAGAAUGUUUCUGGAUUUGCAGUUUGGUGUUGUAUGGUGCAAGUAAGAAGCAGCAUAGCCUUUCAAUCCUGGUAAGUAUAACUUUUUUACUGAGCUCACUGAUACAUAAAGUCUUAUAAAACAGACUGCUGUUUGCAGACUUUAUAUAUGGUAAUCAGAAAUUCACAAUGCUUUUCCUGGACUGAACCAUUUUUGGAUAUUUGAGGGGGGAGGUGCAUGCUAAAAAGUCAUUAUGCAUGUAGCAUAAUACCAAAUUAAAAAAACAAAGAUAGCUCUUCGAAGAAUUUAAAAAGAUGCGAUAGAUAGCUCUUGGUUCUAUCCCAUCUUCAUAAGUAAAUGACAGUCUUUAAAAAUAAGUUGGAUAGUGGAGAAAGCCUUUUAUAUUUCAAAAAUAAGCAAUGAUAAAAGAGGGUAUAAUUUUCUUCCUCUGCCUUCGGGUUUUUUUAUGCAAAGAACAGACUUACUAUGACCACUUUGUAUACAUAAGUAGGAUAUAUGUAUUAAUAAAACAUGAAGCUGCUUUAUCACGUUUA